UCGGUGAAAAUGAAGAAAAAAUACGGAACACUCUGGCUUCUUCUUAUUGGAAUUGUAUUAUACACAUGUCUUCAAAUAUAUUUAAUUGGUAGUUUUUGUUCUACUGACGACUUUAUUGGAAAAGUGCAAAGGUUUGAUACCAAACAGAGUUUGGAAUAUAAGUUUGCUGAGUAUAAGUUUCCUGAUUCCAUACCACGUGAUGUAUUGGAGCUUGAGCGACGAAAGGUCCCCAAUAUAUUUUACUACGUUUUUUGUAGCCGUGUUCGUAACCAUACUUUUACUUUUCACCAUUAUCUAAGUGUAAUUAGCGUAUGGCGCAAUUUUGAACCGGAUGCUAUAGAGAUCAAUUAUAAAGGGGCGAUAAUUCAAGACAAGUAUAAUAUCUGGUUGGAUGAAUUAAAACUCAAAAUACCAUCCUUAAUAGUCAAAGAAAUGCCAGAUUACUGGAUGAUGAACGACGGAUGUGCUUCUUCUUAUGGAAUAGCUGCAUUACGUGAUAGAGGCGGGGUUUUUGUGUCAUCAGGUGUUGUUUUAACCAAACAUUCAUUAUUGCACAUGGACACCCAAUUUUCUCUUAUUGUCGACUAUACUAAUAACAUCAAAGUUGUGUUUAGUACUCUUCAACAUCCUGAUCUGAAUUAUAUUAAAAUUGAUUCUGCACUUCGUUAUGUAAAUCCCAAUAAGAACUUUAGCAGUAUAACGAACAUCUGUGACGAGUAUAAGAACAAAAGUUUUGAAUAUAGCCGAUCACAUUGUAUGGUAGUUAUUUCUAGUUUACUGCCUAAAGAUUUAUUUGCAGCGAAGAACAGUCAAGAUAAUUAUUUGUAUCAUCUGUAUACAGGUAAAAGAACUGUAAGGAGGAGUAAUGAUACGCAAGUAAUCAGUGAAAACUGUGAUGUAGAUGUGCCAUAUGUGAAACACAUUCCCAAAAUAGUGCAUUAUAUAUGGUUUCAUUCUGUAAAGCUGACAUAUGCGAUGUAUCUUAGUUUAAUUAGCACGCUGUACAUAGUGCAGCCCGACAAGAUCUAUAUUCACAGCGACCUUCACAUUCACGGGGACUACUGGGAAAAAUUAAAAAACAAUUCCAAAAUUAUUCUAGUAUAUCGCGAAUCCCCUAGAACCAUAUUUGGACAUAAGGUUAAGUACUCAACUCAUGGAAGUGAUAUCGUUCGAGCAGAUAUUCUAUUCAAAUAUGGCGGUGUAUAUCUCGAUUGGGACGCCAUCUGGCUUAAGCCUAUCGAUGAUCUCCUUACUUCCGGUUUUCCUGCCAUAGCAAACUACGAUCACAUGGUGGCUACUGUGACAUUUCCAAGGCAGAUUAAUCUGGGCGUCGCCAUGGCAAAACCUCGUUCUAAAUUUAUUCAAAAAUGGCAAGAGGCAUUUGUGAAUUAUAAAAGCGAUGAUUUUUAUUACAAUGCACUACAAUUGCCAUAUCAAAUAUUUGAGAGAAACCCAGAGUUAUUGCAUAUUGAAGACAGGUUACAGGUGAUGUGUUUACGUUUGAAAUGUCAUCCAAUUUUUCACAAGGACCAUCGGGAUUGGACACGUGAACAGCCAUUCGAUUGGCACCACGUAUAUGCAAUUCAUUUCACCUAUCCAGACCCUCCAGAGUUCAAAUCUGAAUCCGUUUUGCUCAAAUCCACAGGGAUGUUUGCAGAUAUUGGGCGCCGUGUUUUAUCCAAGUCUCCUGGUAUAGAGGAUUAG